GUUUUUAUUGUAGCUGAAAAAGAUGACAAACCAAUCACCACAUCCUAAUUCGUUAUCACCACAAAGUAAACACCCUCAGUCUGCUUUUCAAUGGCCUAUUCCACCCUUGUCUCAACCUAAUUCAUCGCCUGAGAUAAGUGUGAGGGAAAUCUUGGACAGAUAUAGUGACGAUCCUGAAUUGUUGAAAUACAUAUUAACAGCCAAGUCAGAAGAAGACAAGAAAAAAGCAGCAAGAGAUACAUUAAAAGCUGAAGAAGCACGCAUUCAGCUUAGACAAAUGGAUCUAGAAAUAGCAAGAGAACAAUCCAAAUCAAGAACAGCGACUACAGCUCAGCCUCCUCCUCCAACACUUGUAUAUGGUCUUGCGCCUGUCCAACAGCAAGUACUUGCUCGUUUUAACUAUCCUCAACAUUUAACGCAUCAACAACAACAGCAACAGCAACAACAGCAAAGACAGUCAGAACAACAACAAUACCACCAGCAGCAUAGACCACCCCCUUCUCCAGGUAUACCAUAUCCUCAUUCUGCUCAUCCUCUCUUUCCUCCAUCAUCCUCAACCGACUAUCGAGUACAAUCCUCAGAGGAAAAGUCCUCAUUAAAACGUAAUCGAUCCUCUAUAUCAAACGAGACAGAACAGGUAUCGGAUAAACUAUCUCAUGAUAAAGUCAUGGAGGCAUUAAAAGCCAAGAUUCAGAGAAGUAGCAAUAAUCCUCAAUCUCCUUUAUCAGCAUCAAAAGACACAAAAAAGAAAAAGCAACCGCCUCGUCCGAUUAUGAAAGUCGAUUUAGCUAAUCGAUCUCCUUCUUCAAACUCACCACGAUCUGCAAAACCAGUGUUGCCUCCCAUUGACACGAAUCUGGGUAGACUAAGUCAGCCAGCGAGAACAGAAGAGAGUAGUAGUAAUAAUAAUGCAACCAACAGCAGUGCUGAUAGCAGUGAUAAACCCUCCCCUGUACACUACCGUCGAUCUCGUUCAUUGACACCUUCAACUUAA